AUGACCAGACAAACAAGUCAAUCGGCUUAUACAAUCACAUCCUCAACAGCAACGGGCGAUUGGAAUCGCAAGCGAGCCGAAGAAAUACCCUAUCCAAACGAGUGGCCAAAUGCGAUUGUGCCUCAGAUGGGCACGUUCAAACCGAAAAUUCCGUUGUUGUCCUCACAUACGAAAGAGAAUAUUCGACGAGACAGCAGCCACAACACCAAUAAAACCAACAAUAACGUUCGGCUGAAUGGACUCAAUUUACAUUCCAACGUACGUAACAUUUCCAAACCCGCUAUCAAACCGAAGCCACUCGCGCUGAGGCGUGAACGCAGCGACUUGACCGGUUCAACGUCAGCACGUCGUCUCGCCUAUCACGCUGAAAAUCAUAGCCCUGGACCAUUGUGUUCAUCACCGAGACGUGCUCUGCUACCACCAUCCGAUAGCUUGGAUGGAAAUGCUUUAAUAGGAUGUUUGGAGGAAUUGAAACGUAAAAGGUACACAUAG